UGAGUGUAAAAGGAGAUGGAAGAAUCAUUGUCAUUCGUGAGCUAUGCCCUCAGCUUUAAAGAAAUCCAGUCUCUCCUCAGCUAUGACUCCAAAAAGCCGGUUGCGACAGCAGCAGCAGCAUCAGAGGAUGACCAGCUGGUUGGUUUUGGCUCUCGCGCCAGCAACACCUGGCGAGAGAUUUGGGACAGCAGGGAUGAUGGCUAUGCAGCCUUUAUACUGAAGAAAGGCUGUGCUCCAGGGACUAAGAUGCACAAGUUGCAGCGAUACCUGCAAAAGAAGCAGCAUCCUGCCUCUGACCCUCCUCUGACGACACCAACCUCACGUGCUCCUGCUGAAGCCAUGGUGAGGGAUGAAGAUGAAGAGCUGGAGAGAGCGAUGCUGAGUAUCUCACCUUCCAAACAACCUCAGAGCUCUGUUGCUGCUGCACUCACAUCAUCAACUGCCAGGCGACGACAGACUUCAGGACCAGAAAGAGUACCAUCUGCUACACUGUCCACACCAACUGAACUGAAGAGUUCAGAAGUAGAUGCCCCAGCGCUGCCGUCUAUUAAAAGACCUGUGCCCCUUCCCCAGCAACUGAUGUUUCUCAUGCCAGAAACAGCAGGUUCCCUACCCACAGAAACAACGGUACCGGAGACACUUUUAUGUUCUCCUGAGAGGUCUGCAGUGCCCCCUCAACCUCCACUGCCAUUGCCAGCUGCGCAGAGAGCUCAAAGUAAGUGUUUUUAA